AUGUACCACAGGAGUCAGCAAUGUGAAUACUGCUACUUUGUGCUGCGAUCAAUUGAGUUAAAAGGAAUUGCGUGGCAUGGGCUGUGGCGGGUGGAAGACCAUGAAGAGGAAGAAAUAUUGUUUAGCCCCGGGGGUGAAAAUCAGGAGGUUGUCAUCUCAGUGGGAGAGUUUUCUGUGCCCUUGGCCUACAAAUUCGAAGGCGACAAGACGAACACUUGUCUGAAAGAAGUCAGAGAACGCAUUUCAUCUUCAAAGCUGAAGGAAUGGCUGAGAAGAUGCGAGGAACAGCAUCAUCCCACCCAAGCCAAGCUCGGUGAAAAUGAGCUGCCGGAGGGGAUGCUGGUGAUUGAUGUCCGAAAAUCUUGUGUGGUUCCGGCACCCGAAAACUGCAAGUACGUAGCCUUGAGCUACGUGUGGGGUCCACCGAAACCGGGUCAAGUUGAGGCCACCAAGGCUUCCAUCAACAAUCUCAAGCAGCCGGGCGGCCUCUCCGGGGACCACAUGCCAGCCACUAUUCGAGACGCCAUGGAACUGUGCCGCGAAUUGGGUGUACAAUUCCUCUGGGUUGAUCGAGUGUGCAUCAUCCAGGACGACGGAGUGUUCAAAAUGACGCAGAUCAAUUCCAUGGACUGCAUUUAUUCUCGCGCGGUGGUCACUCUGUGUGCAGCCGCCGGAAACGAUUCAGAUGCUGGCCUCUUUGGUACAAAGAAUACGGUUCGCACUCUGCGUCAGCGCAAAUUCUCAAUGGCUGACCUCGACAUCAUUGCCCCUCUGCCUUCGCCGAGAAUGUUUCGCAACGAGACCUGGUGGACUCGCGGAUGGACCUACCAGGAGUACAUGUUGUCAGAACGCGUCAUACUCUUUUCACCUUGGCAGGCGGUCUUUGAAUGCGUCCAUGGAGCCUUCCAUGAGGGCAAGACUUCGGAAGCCCCGCCUGACUGGAACCGCGCGGACAAGCUGGCUCCACUACAGUCAUACCAGCGAACUGUUGGAGAAUACAACAACCGCACACUCUCUUAUGCCUCUGACAUCUACAAUGCCUUUCUCGGAGUCUACAAGAGCCACUACAAAGAUCUGGAAGAUUACAUAUUCGGGCAUCCAGCACGAGAUUUUGAUGCCUCCCUCCUUUGGACUCGCGGUCCCGGAACCGAGAGGACAACAAAUGAUGACAGCGGAGUAUUUCCAACUUGGAGUUGGGCCAGUGCCACCGGGUGGAUACGAUUUCACUCCCAGUGCCAUGGUGCCUUGGCGAGUUGGUACCGAUUGCCGCAGGAUGGAGGUGAUCCAGUACUUAUCCAUGCUAGUGGAAGUAACGGAGCUCAUCCGGACUGGGAAUUAGAGGAUCCAACAGGACCUCGGCCUCGCUUGGCAAUUGCAGUAUGCUGGAUUCUUGGGUUAUUGGAGGCGCCUCCCUUGGUAGCAAUCUCCAAGACGAGAACUCUUUCGGAGCUGGAGGAGGUAACUAGGAGACUAUGGCCAACCUACCAAAGCUUCUGGGAAUCAUUAAGGCUGUCCCAACUUCCUGCAGAUACACUUCUUAAAGUCCAGAGCAAGAGAGGACGUAUAGCCUUCCUAUCCACCGUGGCAAGAUUGAAGCUGCGAAACGUGCGUUCAGCGUUGAGUGGAAAACAUUUCGAGCUGGAAGGAAAAGAUGGUUACAUGAUCGGAAACGGCUCCACCGACACUCAUGAGAGCUUCGACGAACGCACUUUUCUUUUCGUGGCCCUUUCAGUAGACGCUGAUGGGUCGAAUCUCACCAGAAUAGUGCUCGAAAACGAUCAUGUGAUUGGAAAGCCCAUCUGCGACCAGCGAGUUCAGGAAGAUACACGCGAGCCAUACUCGGACAAAUACGGAAAGGCCGAGUUGUGA